CAUUUAGCUACAGCCAUGUCGAGGUUGGGCAAGAUAGAGGAGUUUGACGCCAAGGUUCAGACGUUCGAUUCGUACUUGGAGCGUUUCGAGCACUUUGUCAGUGCGAAUGACAUAGCUCAAGAGAAGAAACUCUCAGUAUUUUUGACAGUGAUCGGGGCGGAAGCGUAUGAAGUACUUAAGAAUUUGGUUGUACCAUCACUUCCUGGGGAGAAGACUUUUGAUGAAGUCAAGGUUCUAUUGAAAAACCAUUACAGCCCCCCGAUAUCAAUUAUAGCUGAGAGGUGCAGGUUUAACCGCAGGGUUCAGCUUGAGCACGAAAGUGUAGAAGACUUUAUCAUUGAGAUAAAGCAUUUGGCUCGGAAAUGUGAUUUUGGGUCCUUUCUUAAAGACGCUAUGCGUGACAGGCUUGUGGCAGGAAUCCGCAGCGAAGACAUUCAAAGGGCUCUAUUCACAGAAGAAAACCUGGGCUUUGAAAGUGCUUGCAAAAUUGCUCUUGCGCGAGAGCUAGCAGCCAAGCAAACAGCAAUACUACAAGCAGGAGGGACAAACUCGGCUGUAAAUGCCCUCAAAUAUGAAGUGAACCCGGCUACUCAAAAGAAAAGAUCAAUGCAGCAGAAUGAGAACAAAAAGACCAAGUGUUGUUGUUGUGAUGCCUCGACCAGUUGGUUCACCACCAUCACUGUCUUCGAGCACCGCUGCAACAACUUCGAGGGUUCCCAGCCCGACUCUCCAGCCCCUUUUGCCACAUCACUCGCCGCCAAGUGGUCCUCAUCUGGAUACCACAGCUGCAGAUGCAUCUCCCGUGCCUUUGAGGCGAAGUGCUCGGGAGCGUCGUCAGCCGAACUGGUUUAA